AUGGCACCAAUCACAUUCUCAUCUCCACUUCAGCCAAACCAACGUCUGAUUCGUAAAGCAAUUGCAAGACAAUUACGCCUCGCCCAUCCCACUCGCUCUCUGAAUGGCCGCAUUUAUGCACGCACCAGCAUGGCUGUACAUUCCCACACUACCAAAGAUACUCUUCAUGCCAGGUUGAUAUCUCUCAGAGAAGAGAAACAUGCAUUGUUCCUAAUGUUGAAGAAACGAAUGGAACACAAACGAGAAUCUGCUAUUCAAUAUCAUUAA